GCUGGUAAAGAAACUUCAACAAUCUAAAAUGAAUUUCAAACAAUCCACCACUCUCAUCUAUUUCGCGAUGAUGGCAUCAAUGUGCUGCGGACACAUAGAUGGAGGACAGUUCUCAUUUCAAGACGUCACUCCUCAAGUGUACUGCGGUCGUGCACUGGCGAAGGCCCUUGCAUAUCUCUGCUAUGACGAACCUUUGACUGAAAAGAGAUCGGAAAUAGGCACCAUGUUCAAUUCUAUUCUUGCACCAUAUUAUAAGGAGCAAGAAAACCAAGUUGGUUGGCCGUGGAUUCCGUACCACAAAGCAAGAAGCAUGGGCAUGCCGUCACGAAGCAAACGUCUUGUCGUCAAUGAAUGCUGUGACAAGGCUUGUAACUUAAGCGAAUUAUUAUCCUAUUGUUGAAUUGAUAAUCA